AUGAGCAGUGGUUGCCUGUUCUACAGAGUCUAUGCUGUGACUGUGGAUGAUGAUGUAUACGAGAUCUUUCGAUGUCUACGUUGGAGAGAGGAAGUUCUGAUAAAGAUGACCACCAUCCAACCAAAUCGCGUGGAGCACGAAAACAUUGUGGUUCUCCAUCCAACUGUUCCACAAGAACGAGAAACUGUGAAACUUACGCGAGCUCUAUCACCGUACCUCCAACUCCAGCACUACAUACAUCAUUUAUUACAAACGGAAAGAACACGGCGCGGUUUAUCGUCAACGACGCUCCAACUCUUCACUGCGCUUCGAGAGAAGCCGCCGACUCUCUCGAUUGUAAUAUGCAAGCAAAUUGCAAAUGCCAGCUAG